UUAGAAAUUUGUCGUUUACUAAUCAAAAAUGGAGGGGAUGUUAACGCUAAGAACAACAACGGGCAGAUGCCUUUACAUUACAUAACUAACACUGGUAUAAAAGAUAUUUUUCAAAUACUAAUUUUAAAUGGAGCAGAUGUAAAUGCGAAAGAUAAUAAUAAUGAAUCACCCUUACAUUUUGCAGCAAGGUCAACAAACAUAGAAUUUGGCCGAUUAUUAAUCGAGUAUGGUGCGGAUCUUCACGCUACAGAAAAAAAUUUCGAAGACACCCCAUUACAUUAUUCCGUCAAGCACUCAAACGUUGAAUUCGUUCAGUUUCUAAUCAAAAACGGUGCCGAUAUUAACGCUAAAAAUAAAGAUUUGAAAACAUCUUUACAUUAUGCCGCUUUCUAUGAAAACAUUGAAGCGGGGUGUUUCUUAAUCGAAAACGGAGCUAACGUUAACGCUGAAAACAUUUAUCAAAAUACUCCGUUACACUUUUGUGGUGCAAUCUCAAAUCUGGUUUUGAGUGGUGCGUUAAUCGAAAACGGUGCAGAUGUUAACGCGAAGAACUUCUUUACAUACACACCUUUGCAUUAUGCUGCUAUAUCGAAAAAUGUAGAACUCGGGUUAAUGUUGGUCAAAAAGGGAGUGGACGUGAAUGUUAAAACUAAUAGUGGAAAGACACCCCUUCAUGCUGCAGCUAACCAAUUCGAAAACUUUGAAUUCGGUCAAUUUUUAAUUGAAAACGGAGCUGAUAUUAACGCUAAGACUUACGAUGAAAAUAAAACAGCCUUACAUUUUGUCGGAAGAACUAAGUGCUUGAAAUUUGCGCAAUUGCUCAUUGAAGGUGGAACGGAUGUAAACGCUAAAACCAAAAAGGGGCGGACACCUAUGUAUUACUCCAUUAAAAAUUGCAGAUUUAUUGAUGAAAAGCUUGAAAUGUGUAAACUUUUACGCCUAAAUGGGGUGUGCCCUGAGAGUUCCUGCGUUGUUGUUUAUUGUGUGAAGAUGUCUGUGGAAUUACGAAGUGAUAAACAAAAUAUUUACCUUAUCGGACUGCCAAGCCACCAGAUAAAUGGUGCAAAAUUACCAUCUAAUCGACAAGUUCUCACCGUUUUAUUUUACAAUAUUCGUGAAGUCAAGCUGACUGUUAGUGAAAGUGCGAAUCUUGUUAUAAGAGAGUGCAUUAUAUUUUGGGAAAAAGCCAGAAUUCCUACGAAGGCAUUUCCUAACUGCGUGAAGAAACUUGUUGAUUUAUAUCAUGUUUGGAGGGAGCUGCAAAAAAACUGUAAGAAAACUCAGGUGACGUUCAAAAACCGUGAAAAUAAUUUUGUAAAAGACCUUGAUAACUUAUUUGAUAUUGCACAUGCUGAUGCCUUCGACAGAAUGAAAAUAGAGGAAGACAAAGAAUUUUUAAGGAAACAGAGAGAGCCAGGUCGGCCGGGAUGCUUAGGUGGAAUUGACAAAAAAUUGGCGGAGAAAGAAGAACGAGUUAGGCAAAGACAAUUGAAAGAAGAGGAAAGAAAGGUAAAACAAAGAAAGUUAUUGGCUGUUGCAUCUACUUCUUCGAUAGAUAGCUUGGAAUGUCUUGAGAAUUCGGAUGAGGAACAGAUUUCGAACUCUGAACUUAGUACUCAGAUUCCUUGCCCUGAAAAAAGUUCUAAAAGAGGCACGAAAAGUUUCAUAACUCCUAAACUGGUAGCAGCUUUAGAUCGAUGCCAAUUAAGCAUAAGGGACUCAGUUUACAUUCUCCAUGCGGUUGUAGAAGCGCUUGGUCUGAACAGCGAUGAUUUCCCUAUUAACAAAUCCUCGAUUCAGCGAAUUCGUACUCAGGCGAGAAAAUCCAGGGCAGAAGCAAUAAAAACUGACUUCCAGAAUAAUUUGCCUGACGUAGUCACAGUCCAUUGGGAUGGAAAACUAUUACCUGGAUUGGAUGUACGAAGUUCAAAAGAAGAACGCUUGCCAAUUAUUGCUUCAUUUGACGAUAGAGAACAGCUUCUUGCAGUACCAAAAUUAGAGAGUUCUUCUGGAAAACAUCAAGCUAAAGCCAUUUCAACUGCACUCUUUGACUGGAACCUCCAUGAUAAAGUACAGAUAAUGUGCUGCGAUACAACAGCUUCAAAUACUGGCCGUUUCAGAGGAGCUUGUGCUAUUUUGGAGCAGACUUUAGAAAGGGAAUUGCUGCUUUUUGCUUGUCGUCAUCAUAUUUAUGAGUUGGUCCUUAAAGCUGUUUUUGAAACCAAGGUAAAGCAUAUUACAAGUAGCCCAGAUAUUCCAAUUUUCAAAAAGUUAAGAGAUAAUUGGAAAAAUAUUAACACCGAUAACAUUGAGCUCUGAAUUUCGUUAAAGCACAUAUUGCUGAGACAAACAUUACAUAUUUGUUAACUUUUUAUAAGACUGAACUGGAAAAACCUUUUAUUAGAGACGAUUACCGCGAAUUGGUUGAACUAUGCGUUGUGUUCUUAGGAGGAGAUACAGAGAAUAAACUAAAACUCAGGCCCCCCGGAGCUUUGCAUCAAGCGCGAUGGAUGGCGAGAGCGAUCUAUUCUAUAAAAAUAUGUUUGCUUCAAUCGCAACUUAAAAUUACUGCAAAGGACAAAAAUGCUCUACAAGAUGUUUGCUUAUUUAUCGUCACCUUGUAUACUAAACCUUGGCUCGAAUGCACAGUGGCAAUUAAAGCACCUAACCAAGACUUGUGCUUUUUGAAAGCUCUAAAAGAAUAUGAAAAAGUAGACGCGACAAGUUCCAAGGCAUCC